AUGGAUUCCGUGGAAACCAGAAUACAGCAGGAGGCGGUCAGCUCGCCUCCUGAAGAACACUACACAAAUGCCCGACCAGUGAGCCGACAAGACCCUGAGUUGGGCAUCCCCGAAAACGUUAGCGCCAGCCCGACGAGUGCAUAUCACGACGGCUAUGGCAACCCGCAAGCCCACCUCAGUCCUCCGAUUCAAUCUCCAGAAUAUUCUCCCUCCCGUCCCAGCAUGUCGCCUGCAUCUGAAGCAGAUGCAUCCGCCAGAUAUCCUUCUCCAAACAUGCUCUAUCAACAACCAUCGAUACCGACGGUGUCCGGGAGCUCAGGAUAUGCAUCCUCGCAAGGGGAGACACGCACGCCAACCUAUCAGGAACAGACUGGACAAGGCCGGCCUUCACAGCACCAGUCACAAGCAAGCAAGAAUAGUGUAGUGAUCAAAGUCGGUAUGGUUGGCGAUGCGCAAAUCGGAAAGACAAGUUUGAUGGUCAAAUAUGUCGAGGGAAGCUGGGACGAGGACUAUAUCCAGACCUUAGGCGUCAAUUUCAUGGAGAAGACCAUUUCGAUUCGGAAUACGGAAAUCACCUUUUCUAUUUGGGAUCUGGGUGGCCAGCGCGAGUUUGUCAAUAUGCUCCCUCUUGUCUGCAAUGACGCCGUGGCUAUCCUGUUCAUGUUCGACCUUACUCGCAAGAGCACCCUCAAUUCAAUCAAGGAAUGGUACCGACAGGGUCGCGGAUUUAACAAGACGGCGAUUCCAUUCUUGAUCGGAACUAAAUAUGACCACUUUGUGAAUUUCCCGAGGGACGAUCAAGAGGAGAUUUCGAACCAGGCACGUCGAUUUGCAAAGGCCAUGAAAGCAAGCUUGAUCUUCAGCAGUACGAGCCACAGCAUCAAUGUGCAAAAGAUUUUCAAAAUCGUGCUCGCCAAGGCUUUCGACCUGAAAUGUACUAUUCCCGAGAUUGAAAACGUCGGGGAGCCUCUGUUGCUCUAUACACGUGACUCAUGA